AUGGCUUUCCAGCCCCGUGUCAUCAAGCAGAACCGAGGCCUGGAGAUGAUGUCGGAUGAGGACUACGAGCCCACUCAUUCCGAAGCGUGCAGGUGGACGGUUCAAGAGUUCGAAGUAAACGUUCAAUACCCGGUUACCGCGCGCCACGAGGCCCGCUGCACGUCUGAAAAGCACUGGGUGCGAGAAUCGGAGUUCGUUGAGUUUUGCGUCAACGGCCGGAACGAGAAGUCGGGCAAAUGGGACACCAUUGGAACUGGCAAGUACCUGGAGGGCGGCAAGGCAGCUGGUGGCCAGCUCGUGGACCAGCGCUUCUGCCCGCGUAUUGUGGAAGGUGAGGUGCGCAUGAACAUGAUCGGUGACACCUGCACAGGCAUUAUCCACAAGAAGCCCAAGGCAGGUGGCAUCUCUGCGGUCGGAGGGACCGGCUCUACGUACACCUUCUACACGCCGGAUGCCCCCGAGUUCAAGCAGCUCUCUGAGGAUUUCCUGAAGACCUCCAUCCCGACCCUGAUGCAGAGCCUCGAGCUGCCCAGUGAGCCCCUACCGCUUUGGUGGACGGCGGAUUUCAUCAAUGCGGACCCAGGCAAGCCUGGAACACCCUGCACCAUCGACAAGUGGAUCGUGGGAGAAUUCAACUGCUCUUGCGUCGGCAUCUCGAAGUGCCUCCCUGCCUACUGCAAGGCUGACACUCCCAAUGCAAGUUUUUUUGACAUCCCCGUCAAAGACCUCAUGGAGGCCACCUACCUCGGCAACAUGAUGGGGCAGAAGGCCCUGGAAAUCCUCGACAGCCAAGGUGCCAAGCUCUCUCCCGGGGCGGCCAAAGUCUUGACGCGGAUCGAGGCGCUGCGGGGCGCGGCCAAAGCCGGCGUGCUCAGCAGCGAGGAAGCAGGCAUUAUGGCAUUCCUUGCAAUUUUAUCAUCCGCCCGGGCAUCUGGCUCAAAGGCCAAGCCAGGUAUGCAGAACCCAUGUUCUGAUGAGGCUUGGAUACCUAGGCCCCUGCCGGAUGCCCUGCCAGAGCAGCCACGACCGGCGACGCCGACGGAGCUGUCCCGGCGGCUGACGGCGGUCUUCGAUGCAGGAGAACAUGCCGAUGUGCAGUUUUUCGCGGGCGUUUCGCAGACGGAAUCGAUCUGGGCACAUCGGUUGGUUCUCCGUCGCAACCCUUCCCUCGGGUUCGAGCGCGACACCGCGCCGGCUGAUAUGAUCCUGCCUCCGCACGUGUCGCCUGAGAUCCUCCGGCUGGUGCUUCGCGCUCACUACCUCGAGGUGGAGAGCGACCCGGGCUCCCCGCACGUCGCCCCAUGGGCCGCAUUGCAGGAGGCCCGGCGGGAGGCGACCGCGCAGGAGUGGACCAGCCUGGAGGCCAUGUUCGGGCCGCUUGAUGCCGAAACCUGGGCGCCAUUGAAGGCAGCUGUGCACACCUCGCUCUUCGCUGACGUUGCGUUAGAACUCAGCGGCGGCUUCAAGGCUCUCUCUGUUCGCGGGGACUCUGGCAUUGUGCCUGUGAGUCGUGUUUCUAUGCCCAUCAUGCCCGUGUGUGCCGUGACAGAGCUGUCGAACACCGGAAAUGCUUCCCACCCUGAGAUAGAGCUCGACUUGGAUGCCAUCCAUGAGCUGCUGGUCGCGCAGCUGCCAGCCACCCUUGAGCUCCGGAGGGUGAGGUGCGAAGCCAUCUACCUCAAAGUCCCUUGGAAGCGGCUCCGACGGAAGCCCGUGUUCCUGGAGCUAUCGGACGUCUGCGUCGAGGUGAAGGUGCACAGCGCGACGCCGGAGCGGUUGGAAGCCCAGGCAGAGCGACAAGCCAAAAGCUUACCGGAGAAGAGCGAGCUUGCUGUUGAGGAGGAGGACGAUGAGGAGGAUCUGCGAAAGAGCGUGGAGUCACAGCUGAAGGUGGGCCUGAAAGAGGUGAUCGCGGAUGGCGUUCAGGUAGUUGUGAACGGCCUGCGGCUGCGGCUGUGGCCCCCGCAUCCCGAGGACGAGACGCCGUCGUCUUUGCCACUGCUCUCGCUGAAGGUUGAGGGCUUCGAAUCGAAGCUCUUAGCCACCACAGCGCACGAGGCAGCCUUGCGCAGUGUCAAGUUCAACAAGUGGCUGCCUACCAGCGCAUACCAGGAGUGCGAAGUCAUUCGCGGCUUCUGCCCCAUUCGGAGCACUGGGAUUCAUUGGGUGCAAUCCAAUCGAAAUCGCGAUUACCGCACUGAAGCUGACAUUCGAGAGUCUUUCAACAUUGUUGUCUCGGGCCUAUCGGGCGCAGGAAAGUCAGGUCGUUCGAUCAACAUGUUGUGCAACUUGGAAGUGGCCGUGUCCAGGGGAGUUUCCGAGUCUGUGACGCAGCGCAUGACAAUCAUCCACGGAGUCGGGGCAUUCAACCCGAAUCCAGCCAACGUCAACAUCCUAGGCCUGCGUGACGAGGUGGGCUUCGCCAGUGAAGAUGAGCACUCGCUGUCUUCGAGCGUUCUUCCUACGUGCUACGUCCCGUGCGCGGGGAUCGUGGAUGCCACCUUCGUUGUUCCACGGUACAGGAUCUCCGUGGACGUGGGAUCAACGCAACAUCUACUGCUGCAGAAAGAGCUCUUGACACUCUUGCAGCAGAUGUUCAAAUUAGUCAAUGCUGCGACACCUGAACAGUUCGCGGAGAUUGUUGGACUUAUCAUGCGCGCGCAAGCGCUGUCGUGGUUCAUGACGAUUGUGGAGGUGAUCUGCGGGUGUGCGUUGAGCAAAGGCGAGAUGACCAUCUCGGUGAAGCUCACGCAUCUGUCACUGGCCGUCCCAGAGGCACCGCUGCUGGCAGUGUGCUCCGCGGUGAUCGACUUGAUAAAGGGCAUUCCCAAAGCAGCUGCGGCGGAGGUGCCUGCAGAUCUUCCACAAGUUGUGGCAGCUUCGACCACUUGGUCCGAGCCGGCACCAGGGCGUGCGGGAGCCGAAGGCUUGGCCUGGCGAGAGCAGCUGGUGAGCAGACGACUGGUCAGCUUGGUCACCUUGCAGCUCACACUGACGCAGUGCGAGGCAGAGGAUUUUCUGUUCGCAAUGGACCUCCUGAACUCCCUGGACGCUUUCCGUCUGCGCUGUUUGGACGAGCUGAACCUGCGAGAUGCGGGCAGCACAGGAGGCGAUUCUAAGCAGUUUUGCCUUCAGCGUAUCUUCGGCAUCACGCUGGGCGCUGCUGCGGCGACGUGGGGCAGCACUCAACAAGGCCCGGAGGGGGAGCGCCAGGAGAGCCGACUUCUGUGCUUGGGCCCUGUGACCGGUCCAUGCCUGACCUUUCGAUGGAAGGAUACGCCUGCUUUGGGUGCUGCUGACGAGAGCCGACAGCCCAUUGAGGGCUGCAUCCGUGCUGUGCAGCUUCUCCUAGACAUCGACGCCGUCAACACUGUAGUCGAGACGGUGAAGAAGGUAGUCCAGCCGUUCACGGAGAUCCUGGAGCCGCCGCCCUUCGCCUCCAGCUGGUGCCGGGUGCAGCUCCACGACCUUUCCAUCGACCUGGCCCCAGUACAGGAGUUCCCCUUCCCUUCGAAGCUGAAGCUGCCGUCACUGCUGUUGACCAGCCUCUCGGGCUUGGGUGAGCUCUUCUCUGCCCUCGAGACUCUGCCCUCCAGGCAUGUUUGGAGUGGCCGCCACUGCGAGGGAAGAGGAGCGCCUUCUGAGCCACAGCUGGGUGAGCCAGCUGCCGACAGAAACUUCGGCUCCAUGCACUUGGGCCUCCCUGCGCGCGGCACACAGCGUCCCGGAGCAUGGGCAGCGAGGCAGGCUCGCAACGGAGACUAUGUGCCUGUUGACUACGACGAGCUCGUGGAGAUGUUCCGAGCACACAUCUCUGCACGUGCACUGGACACUGUCCUGGAUGCCGCGCAGCGUGAGCUGGCAGAGGAGAAAGCAGGAGCAGGCAUCAAUGCCGCCGCGGUUCUGCUGAGCCAGUCGCCCACAGCUUCAUCUCCCAGAAAGAAGAGUGGCCGUCGAGGAUGGUUGUCAGGCUUGAAACAUUCCUUCAAGGAUGCGGGCAAGUCGAGUAAGAGCACGUCGGAAGGAUCAUCUCGGCAAGAAGCGCGGCUGAGGGAGGCAGCCGCUGAGCUGGCAUCCUUGCAGGAGGCCGUCCGACGGCUACAGCAUCAGCGUCAAGAGGCGGCUCUGCGCAAGGAGGCCUUGCAGCGUGCCGCGGAAGAGGAGCUUCAGCACAUAAAGGCGAGCGCUGCUGCCAUCGAGGAGGACCUCACCAUGCAGAUUGCCCUGGAGAGGGGCAAGCAGGCAGAGCUGUCGGCGAAGGCAGAUGAGCAGCGGCAGCAGUUGAUGCAGCUGCUGUGUGAAGCUCAUGCCAAGGCCCUGGACGAUGCAGUCUAA